AUGGAUCGCAAUGCAAGAGCAAGAGCGGGAGGAGUCGUUGAUGUUUGGGCAGAAAUCACAGGGGCACCGGAACAACAACAGCAAUCUACAGUCCAACCCAUCUAUCAGAGAAGACGUCAACCGUCUCUCCCUACCCCCACUGACUCAGACCACCAGCUGAGGCCGCAACACUCUAACCACAGUCGCGUCAGUUUCGCCGCCGCCGCUGACGCCAAGCGCGUCAGUUGGAAUCGCUCGCUUUCCACCAGAGGGAGGACAAGCAUUGCUGUUGCUCCUUGCGUGGCCAAUGAACCACAACAAAAGCAGCCCAGGAGAAGGGGAAAACCACCUGUUCCUAAAGGAAAGAUUGCAGAACAUCCGAACUUCGAGAAGGAGAGAGAAUAUUUCCGAGAUGUUGAUUCCUUUGAGUUAUUGGAGGAGAGCCCUUCAUCAAAACACUUUGGGACAUGGGCAACGGGUAAUCAAACUGUCCCUGAUCCUAUACCACCUAUUUCAUCCAGAUUAGAGAAGUGGCUCUUAUCAAAGAAGAUAAACUUCAGUUGUGGGCCUUCUUCCACUUUGUCCAAAAUAUUGGAAACUCCUGCUUCAAUGGAUCACAUAUAUACCGAUGAUCUGGAUUCUUCAAUUGUGAAAACUCUUGAAAAGUGCGGUCCAAAAUCACUUGUUCAAGUUUGUGAAGAUAUAAGUGCAAGUUAUGGUGACCAAGGUUGUGAAGAUAUAAAUGCUUCCAUUAGGAAGCUUUCCUUGGCAUCUACAACAACAUCACAUUUUGAUCGUAUUGAUCCAUUUACCGCUUUGCUGGGAAUCUGUGAACAGUCAACACCGUUACAAUUUCUUGAUAUUUUCUCUAAGUAUUGUGCCCCAGAAAAUAUUGCUAAAGUUGGUGAAGGUACUUAUGGAGAAGCCUUCAGAGCAGGCAAUACUGUUUGCAAAAUAGUUCCGUUUGAUGGGGAUUUCCCAGUAAAUGGAGAAGUGCAAAAGAAAUCGGAAGAAUUGCUUGAGGAGGCUGUGCUUUCAAAAGCUCUUAAUAGUUUACGAGAAUUUGAGAAGAAUGAUUUUAAUGCUUGCACGACCUUUAUAGAAACAAUUGAUUUAAAGGUCUGCCAAGGUUUGUAUGAUGCGGCAUUGGUUAGAACUUGGGAAAAAUGGGAUGAAAAGAAUGGCUCAGAAAAUGAUCACCCCAAAGAAUUCCCAGAGAAACAGCGCUAUCUCGUAUUUGUCCUACAACAUGGUGGCAAAGAUCUUGAAAGCUUUGUACUUGAGAAUUUUGAUGAAGCACGAAGUUUAUUGGUUCAGGUUACGGCAGCCAUGGCUGUGGCUGAAGCUGCAUAUGAAUUUGAACACCGUGACUUGCAUUGGGGAAACAUACUUUUGAGCCGAAAAGAUUCUGUCACUAUGAAAUUUAUGCUAGAGGGCAAACAAAUAUCCUUCAGGACAUAUGGAUUAUCAGUGUCAAUAAUUGAUUUUACGUUGUCGAGAUUAAACACCGGAGAAAACAUACUCUUUUUGGAUCUGUCACAGGACCCUUAUCUUUUCAAAGGUCCAAAAGGAGAUAAACAAUCAGAAACAUAUAGAAAAAUGAAGGAGGUUACAGAAGAUCACUGGGAAGGAAGUUUUCCCAGAACAAAUGUGUUAUGGUUAAUAUACUUGGUGGACAUACUGCUGCUGAAGAAAACAUAUUUACGUUCUUCAAAGAAUGAGAGAGACAUGCGGUCUCUGAAAAAGCGUCUGGACAAAUAUGAUUCAGCUAAGGAAGCUAUUUUCGAUCCCUUCUUCGAGGACUUGCUUGUGAAUAAUUAAAACUUUUGAAGGCUUGAAUGAAUGAUUCGAAAUAUUGUGUUUGGUACUGCUUUGUAAUGGGAAAUGGAUGCAGCCUGGUUCUGGGGCUUGGGGUAUUAGUUAAUGAGGCAUUGA